AUGUCGACGAAAACAUGCAGUUUUACUAGUCCCAGAAAGAAAGACGGUAUUUUUCAGUGUGACAAAAACCACGUAUGAUUUCAAUUGGAAAUUACACGUUUUCCAUAAAACAUUUUGCUCCUGUCGGUGUUUUACACACGUUUGUCCUACAUUUGAAAAUUUACAUAGACAUAACUUCGAUUCGACAGUAUGUUUCUUUGACCAAGAAAACUUCGACAUUUCAAAUAAUCUGUAUUUUUUAUUAAUUUUUAUUUCAUCUUUAUCUAACAAUUUUAAGUCACAAAUUUAAAGGACAAUCAAGCUUUUUAUAUAAUUCCCACUUUCUAAUUUAAUAUUUUGUCGAAGAACUUGAAACGAGUGAUUUAAAAAGUAAUUAUUUCUACGAUUCUUCAGUAAUCGAUGAAAACAACAAUUUUCUAUCUAUUUUCCUAUAUUUUUAAUUACAUUUCUACAAGUAUAUUUAUAGAAUUUAAUUAUAUUUAUAUUUAUUUAAUUAUAUUUUAAUUAUAUGUAUUUAAUUAUAUUUAUUAUAAAAUCCACAUAAAUGUGGAUUCCGCAAUUUAUUUAUAGAGAAUAUUAUUAAUUAUGUUAUAAAUAUUAAUAACUAUGUCAGACGACAUCUGAGAUGAAAUUUAUAGUAUCAUAUUUGGCAGUUUGCCCUAAUCUCUUUGGAGCAACACUGUUAAUUAAUCUUUAUAUUCUUGGAGUAUUGUACAGUAUCAUAUUCAUUCAAAUAUUGCCGUAAAUCAGAUAUGUACAGAACUUGAUUAAGGUUUAUAAAUACUAUUUACUAUUGAAAUGUUAUAAAAUGAUGUACAUAGAAUUUAGAAGAGGAAGUUUUAUCAUAUAGUCGUAAUAUUGAUUUUUUAAUUUUUAAUUCAUUUGCAUCGUCGUGUUUCAUAAACACGAGCGAAUAUUUUUAAUAAUUUAUUGAUCAUAAUAUUGUCUUCAAAAUGAUACAUUUUUUAGCUAAUAUACGAAUAAGCUAAAUUAUUCUCAAAUAUAUUAACUAUAAACUGUAGACUUUCUCCGAUUCUCUUUUAUAAUUCUUCAGAUAAAGCCCUUCCAUUUCCUCGUGAAAGGAAUUGACAUCUGGAUCUUUCGUAGAACAUUUUAUGUUACAUUUAUAUUUAAUUUUACAAUAAUUUUUAAUAUGAUCGAUAGUAAUUAUUGAUAGUAACGUUGUUGUUAUCUUCAAACGUUGACUGCAUCUGAGAUUAAAGUUUCCUGUUUCAACGUUCAACAACACUGAACAUUAAAUAUCUCCGAUCUUCUUUUAAUCAAGGAAAAUGCAAUAACGUUUCAAGAAUUCAUCUCUCGUUUUACAGAUAGUAUUCCAACGAGAGAAGACCUUCGGAUACGAAAGAGACAAUUCCCAACGGGGGAAAAAGAAGAAGAACCAAGGGAAGGAAAAUGAAGAUGAACUGAAAAAAUUGUAUCACUGCCACGUGGAGACGGUGAAACUUAUGUUGAGAAGUUCCGUGUUACUCGAUUUUAUAAUGAUGUGCUUCAGUCCUCAAAACACAGAGAGUCCCGAACUUCUCUACCCCUCGAAACACACAAAAAGUUUCCGACAUCUUCAAUCUCCGAAACUUGAAAAUAUUUUCCAAGUUGCCUCGCUUCUCUCGCUGCUCGUUUGUUUACAUUAA